UGAUGUGGCGGGCUCAGCGACCUCUCACUUCUUCUCGUUAGGAUACUGUUAACGAUCUGUUUAAUAUCCGAUCAUAUUUUGCUUUGUAGUUUGCUUGUAAAGACACUUAACUACAGGUCGAAAUGGUCGAAGGUCCAGGAUGCACUUUGAACGGAGAGAAGAUUCGUGCAAGAGUUCAAAAGGGACAGAAAGUUUUACACAUACAAGGAAAUGAAACCAAAACAACAUCAGAUGACAGCAGCAGAAGCUCUUAUCAGAGUUUUAAGGGCAGUGCGUUUACAGGUGUGGAGACUCUGGGGAAAGAGCUCUUGAUGUAUUUUGGCGUCAGAGCUCUGAGAUUACACUUCGGCAUGAACGGCUCCUUGAGGAUAAACCCUAUUAAGAAAGACAUGAAUGGAAAGCCUCCAAUCCUGGUUAUCCAGCUCACCAACGAUGCCAUUUGUUUCUUUGACACAACUGUAGAAAUCAGACUUUUAGAGGACUGUGAGCAGAAAGUAAGAGCCAUGGAGGCUCUCGAUAUCUGUUCGCCCAAGUUUAGUUUCUCUCGGGCGGUGGAAGCUGUGAAGACGGAGAGAGCGAGGAUGCUGUGUGAUGUUCUGUUGGAUCAGACUGUCCUGCCUGGUGUUGGAAACAUAAUUAAAAACGAAGCGCUUUUCGACAGUGGCCUUAACCCUGCUGUCAAGGUCAGUCAGUUGACGGGCGAACAAGUUCAUCAUCUUGUGAAGAUGACUCGAGACUUCACGCUUCUGUUUUAUAAGUGUAGAAAGAAUGGGUCUCCGCUUUACAAGCAUUACAAGGUGUACAAACGUCCAAACUGUGGGCAGUGUAGCGGAACUGUCACUGUCUGUCGACUGGGAGACAACGGCAGGAUGACAUACUACUGUCAGCGCUGUCAAACUGGUGAUCCGAGUGAAGUGAACAUCAGUAAACUCCCAACUCGUAAUAGUCUGAUUGGAUGGGCUUAUCAAGGAGGAAUGAGCAGCAGCGAACAUGUGGCUAAACGAGAAGAGGAAGAGUGGGCAUGUUCCCUCUGCACUUUAAUCAAUAGGCCUUUCAACAAGCAUUGUGAUGCCUGCAUGAGCCCCAGGCCAGAUGAGCCCCAAAAGCUGGAACAUUCACCUUUGAGUUCAGACCUGAUCCGCUACCCCUGCAACAGUUUUAGCAAACCCCUGCAGGAAAUAAAGAUGAAUCGCAGGGCCGCAUUUGGGACAACCACUCUAGUGCUAACCAGCCUCGGUGCAAAACCUGACUCUCCUUCAAGUCCUGCCAUUAGCCAGGCACACACACCAGAGACAAUGAGAGGUCUGAGCACGCACGGCAACUGGCAGCGGAAGAGUCCCAGUAAUGGCGUGAGUGGGAUGCAAUUCAAAGGCAAUGAGCCCUAUAAGAGAGAAUCUCCAACAGACCACAGUCAGCCUAACAAGAGAAUGAAAACCACGAAUGGAGCGCUUUCUGGAGGAAACAUGAAGCACAUCUCCUCAAGGGGCACGCAACAAAGUAAUGAUGCAUCCCUUCCCAAAACCCCCUGCUGUAAAAGCCAUCACCGACCAUGCACCCAGAGAGUGGUCACUAAGGAAGGAGAAAACAAAGGCAGACAGUUUUACACCUGCUCCCUGCCCCGAGAGACUCAAUGCAACUUCUUUGAGUGGGCAGAUCUGCAUUUCCCCAUGUGUCAUCAUGGCAAACGGACCGUUAUGAAAACCGUUCUGAAACUGGGACCCAAUAAUGGCCGCAACUUCUACACAUGCCCAGUUAAAAUGGGCAAGCAGUGUAACUUCUUCCAGUGGGCUGAAAAUGGCCCUGGCAUCUCAAUUCUGCCUGGCUGCUGAGUCCACAGUGUGAGUUGGACAUGACAUCUUUUCAAGUGCAUUAAAAAGCUUUUAAAGCAAUGUUUGCUUUUUAUGUUGAGAUGAUGAAAACAAGUGUGCUUUGUCAUAGUAAAUCUUUA